AAACACAAACGCACUCAGAUUUCCCAGACCCUGGUUUUCCUCCUGUGACAUUUUCGGGGUCGGGGCUCUCACCCUAAAGAAGCAGCCCCGCCCUGGGGUGGCCCCACCCUCUCCUGGGACCUGUCAUAAGCCGGACCCUGGGCCCCCAGCCGCGCAGUCCCAGCCGCCUUCCCCAGGCAGUGGAACCUUCGGGCUCCUGAGCUUCAGGAUGGUUCGUACUAAGACGUGGACCCUGAAGAAGCACUUUGUUGGCUAUCCUACUAAUAGUGACUUUGAGUUGAAGACAGCUGAGCUACCACCCUUAAAAAAUGGAGAGGUCCUGCUUGAAGCUUUGUUCCUCACCGUGGAUCCUUACAUGAGAUUGGUAGCCAAAAGAUUGAAGGAAGGUGAUACAAUGAUGGGGCAGCAAGUGGCCAAAGUUGUGGAAAGUAAAAAUGCAGCCCUACCAAAAGGAACUAUUGUACUGGCUUCUUCAGGCUGGACAACGCACUCCAUUUCUGAUGGGAAAGAUCUGGAAAAGCUCCUGACAGAGUGGCCAGACACAAUACCACUGUCUUUGGCUCUGGGGACAGUUGGCAUGCCAGGCCUGACUGCCUACUUUGGCCUACUUGAAAUCUGUGGUGUGAAGGGUGGAGAAACAGUGAUGGUUAAUGCAGCAGCUGGAGCUGUGGGCUCUGUUGUGGGGCAGAUUGCAAAGCUCAAGGGCUGCAAAGUUGUAGGAGCAGUAGGGUCUGAUGAAAAGGUUGCCUACCUUCAAAAGCUUGGAUUUGAUGUUGUCUUUAACUACAAGACAGUAGAGUCUUUGGAAGAAACCUUGAAGAAAGCCUCUCCUGAUGGUUAUGAUUGUUAUUUUGAUAAUGUAGGUGGAGAGUUUUCAAACACUGUUAUCGGCCAGAUGAAGAAAUUUGGAAGGAUUGCCAUAUGUGGAGCCAUCUCUACAUAUAACAGAACCGGCCCACUUCCCCCAGGCCCACCCCCAGAGAUUGUUAUCUUUCAAGAGCUUCGCAUGGAAGCUUUUGUCGUCUACCGCUGGCAAGGAGAUACCCGCCAAAAAGCUCUGAAGGAGUUGCUGAAAUGGGUCUUAGAGGGUAAAAUCCAGUACAAGGAAUAUAUCAUUGAAGGAUUCGAAAACAUGCCAGCUGCAUUUAUGGGAAUGCUGAAAGGAGAUAAUUUGGGGAAGACAAUAGUGAAAGCAUGAAAAAGAGGACACAUGGAAUCUGGAGGCCAUUUAGAUGAUUACUUAAUUUGUUUUUCACCAUUUAGCAAAAAUGUAUACUACCUUAAAUGUCUAAGAAAUGUACUUGUAAUGAGUUUGAGCUACUUAAUAAAAUACAUUUAAGUGCUA